UUAGCGAAAUGGCUGAACAGAUUGGAUUGGACCAUGUUGCUAGAUAUUCUAAAACAAAUGCUUCGGCUGAGUCGACUACUUCAAAACAAAUGGCUGCACAAUUUGGAGCAAUUAAUACUUUUCUUCAAGGAAUUGCUGUUGCUAAAGCUUAUGUUAAGUCAGUUCAACUUGGACAAAUUGAAAAGGAUGAUUACAUUCUUAAAGAGAUUAAUAAACUUUGUUUCAAACUUUCUGUUCACAGUGAAAAAUCUGCAGAACAAUGCAGUCGGGAUAAUUUACAGACUUCUGAUCAUAAAUUGUUGGUUUUAUUGAGUGCCUUUUGCAGUGUGCAAGGAGCGAUGUUUCAAUUGGUGGAGAAAGUAAAUACAUUGGCCCGUGAUCAUAGUCAUCGAGAGCGAUCUUCUUUUCUUCAACUUAUUUCGUCUGGCGAUGUAAAUAAACUUUCUCAUUAUUCUGGUGUGUAUCCUUCUAAUAUAUUUUUCUAAAUUUGUUUUUUGUGUGAAUAAUUUGGAAGAUAAAAGUAU